AUGUACCUAUGUUUAUUUCAUGGUGUUUUCAGAAAGCAUUCUUUAUUUAAGAAGAAAAAAAUGUUAAUAGGAGAAAUAUAUUCAACAAUAAUUUAUUGUUUUGCUACAUUUGGAUUGUUUUCUAAUUUGUUUUUAAUUUGGCUAAUUUUACGUUAUACAAUGAAAGAAAUGCAAGUUUAUAGCAAAAUACUUUUACAAACUUGUUUUGUUGAUAUUGUUGGGAUUUGUAUGUUUGUUGUUUCUCAACCGGUAAAUAAAUAUUUGGGCGCGGGAAAGUGUCAAUUGAUAUCGGUCAAUGGAAAGAUAUUAGGAGUAAUUAGUUUUUAUAUCUGA